AUGUCUUUCCCCCAGGAUCCUCGGCAGCGCCGCGGCGGAGCCGGGAGAGGCUUCAGCUCAACCGGCGGACGAACUGCCAUGGGAUAUUGGUUACCCUUGGCCUUGACCGCUGGAAUUGCAACUAUCAGCAUUGCCGCUUGGAUCUGGAGCGAACGAAACGACGAUGACGACGAAGACGAUCAACCCCACGACGGCGAUGUCCCUUAUCCUCCCCCUUCUGUUCCGAGCAGUGACUUCCCCCCACCUGCAUAUGGCGCUGGAGAUUAUGCACGAGGUACAGGUGCAGAAGUGCUCCCCGGUGAUGCUUCGUAUGACCAUGGUAUGAUGGCGCGCAUGCAGGGCGCUCUGCGCCGCACCCCAAGUCCUCAGCAAAUCUUCGAUGGCGCCAGCAAGAGAGUUGUAGCAGGUGUUACUGCUGCAGGAGCUUUCGUUGGUGGUGCCCUCACCUCUAUUCGCGAAGAGAACAAAGGCGACUUCGAGGACCACUCCAGAUGGUCGGAAGAAGCUCAAAAUAGAGCUCAUGAGAGGAGUCAACAAGCAGCAGUCGCGCCAACUAUGAGUGGUGGAUUGCCUAGUCGUGGAGUCAAUGCAGGCCAGUCCUUCGAGAAGAAGAAGAAGACUGUUGCGAUUGUUGUUUCCUCGCUUUCGCCGGCUGAAUCCGAUGACUAUGCCUCUGAGCAUGCAUCUAUCCUCUCACAUCUUCCUGAACACAUUGACUUGGAAACCUCCAAGGUAUUCAUUUUGAUCUACGCUCCGGACUUGAAACACGCUAUCAAGCAGGGAGGCUCCUCUGGGCCCACGCUCUCUCUCGCCUCGUCUUAUUCGAAUAUUGCCACGGAAGAAGCUGCUUCUUCUGGAGAACUGGCCUCCGGCGAAUUGGCUGCCGUCGAACCUCGCGAAGAUGGCUUGGAGGGCACAAGCCACUUCUUCAAGACACUCUACACACAGGCCCAAGCGCUGGUUGAGAAGGAGACUAUGAUCAUGCCCUUCAGCACAGCUAGUGGAUAUGUGCACCUCGUCCGACACCUGUCUCCCGAUCUUGUCUAUGUUCAGGAGUCUCUGACCGGCAAUGAAGGCGAUGCAGUCCAGCACAUCUCUGGAUGGGUUCGCCAGGUCAUUGUUGUGGUUGGGGACGAGGGUGGCCGAGGUGGGCUCAUCGACAGCGAUGAUGAGUCUGCUCUUGGUGAGAAGGGAGAGAAAUGGUGGCAGAAAGAAGGCACAACAGGCAUCGGUAAACGUAUUGACGUCGUCGAUGUCCUCCGAGUAGGCGAUGACUGGCGACGACGCGUGCGUGAUCUGGACUAG